AUGGCCCUCGUGCGUGAUCCAUACUUUUGGAAGCGAUUCUCAACAGCUGUUCAUCUGGAUGAGGAAGCGAAGGGCAUUCCCAGUGAAGUAUCAACACCGGCGUCAGAGAAACCACAGGACUCAUGGCUGGAACGUGAACGCCGAAAAAGCAAGAAGUCCCUGAUCUGGGGGGUUCGUCAUCUUCUUUGCCAUUAUCCUCCUUGUUACUGGUGGUGUCAUUGUAUGGUGGUUGAGCAAGCACAACUGGCUUCAAAGCAUUGA